AUGGCUUCCACUUCGCAUACCGUAGAGGACACUCUUAUAACUGCACAACGUGCCCUUGCAGUUCACUAUGGAAACAGUUACCCUUGUAGCAAUAGGGUUCAACAAAGCUUGAGGGAGAUAUUAAAUCAGAAGUUUAAUGGGUCACAUAGGAGCUUUACAGAAAAAUUUCUCAGACCAACUACAUUACUUCUGGAGAAACUCAAAGCUGAGGGUUUUCCUCUAGUCAAGGAUGGCAGAGUUAUCCUCCAUCUAUCUGGGCCAAUAAACCAUCUGGAGGUUGGAGAAAUGUUUUUUCAGGUUGGGCACACCACACCAGGGACAUUGACGCUGAAGUUUGCUAAGCCAAGUGGUAACACAGUGUUCUUACAGCCGUCAAUCGUUGAGGAAAUCGAAUAUCACUUGGCAUUUACCCAACAAUACCUUCAUCAGUUACGGAAGGAAGCCGGUACAUCGGGUGAUAACUUAAUGCAGCUGCUAGUGGUUUCUACAGUAAAUGGCCAGGACUGUGCUCCUGAAAAGAUAAGGGUAGAUGGAAUAAUGCCGUACACGUUUGGACAUGGUAGAAGCAAAACACCAUCCUCAAAAAUAGAUCAGUCAGUCGGUGAUGGAAGUCCUUCGUAUCGUCAACGUGAAGAAAAUUCGGAUCAACAUCCUGUAGAACAUUAUCCUCCAAUUCACCGAGCGGUUAGAGAUCAAACUACACCAAAGGACACGGGACAACGACUCUUGAAGGAGAAUUCCUCCUCAAGUGGAGAAGAAAAGAAUCCGUCCUAUCCUUCUAUUCACCAGGCAGUUAGUGACCAAUGCACACCAAAAACCGAUCAGCAAGAAGACUCCUCAAAUAUAGGUACGAACAAUCCACAGUAUCCUCCAAUUCAUCAGGCGGUCAGAGAUCAACCUGCACCAGAAGACACAGGACAGUUAAUCUUCAGGGAGUAUCUCCCCUCAGGUGGAGAAGAAAAUAAUCCAUCCUAUCCUUCUAUUCACCAAGCAGUUAGUAAUCAACGAACACCGGACACUGGUCAACAAGAAGACUCGUCAGCUACGGGUACGAACAAUCCAAAGUAUCCUCCAAUUCAUCAGGCGGUCAGAGAUCAACAUACAUCAGAGGACAUAGGACAACGACUCUUCAAGAGGGAUCCCCCCUCUGGUGGAGAAGAAAAUAAUCCAUCCUAUCCUUCUAUUCACCAAGCAGUUAGUGAUCAACGAACACCGGACACUGGUCAACAAGAAGACUCGUCAGCCACAGGUACGAAUAAUCCAAAGUAUCCUCCAAUUCAUCAGGCAGUCAGAGAUCAACAUACACCAGAGGACAUAGGACAACGACUCUUCAAGAGGGAUCCCCCCUCUGGUGGAGAAGAAAAUAAUCCAUCCUAUCCUUCUAUUCACCAAGCAGUUUGUGAUGAACGAACACCGGACACUGGUCAGCAAGAAGACUUGUCAGCCACAGGUACGAACAAUCCAAAGUAUCCUCCAAUUCAUCAGGCAGUCAGAGAUCAACAUACACCAGAGGACAUAGGACAACGACUCUUCAAAGAGGAUCCCCCCUCUGGUGGAGGAGAAAAUAAUCCAUCCUAUCCUUCCAUUUACCAAGCAGUUUGUGAUCAACGCACACCCGACACUGGUCAGCAAGAAGACUCCUCGGGUACAGAGAAGAACAAUCCACAGUAUCCUCCAGUUCAUCAAGCAGUCAGAGAUCAACCCACUCCAGAGAACAUAGGACAAUUACUCUUCGAGGAGGAACCCCCCGCAGGUAGAGAAGAAAAGAAUCCAUCCUAUCCUUCUCUUCACCAGGCAGUUGGUGAUCAACGCCUACCAGACACUAGUCAGCAAGAGUCUUCAAGUACAGGUACGAACAAUCCACAGUAUCCUCCAGUUCAUCAAGCGGUCAGAGAUCAAUUUACUCCAGAGGACAUAGGACAACGACUCUUCAAGGAAGAACCCCACUCAGAUGGAGCAGAGAGGAAUCCGUCUUACCCUCUCAUUCACCAGGCAAUCAGUGAUCAACACACAACACACGAUCAGCAAGAACACUCAUUAAGGGCAGGGGGAAACAAUCCACAAUAUCCUCCAAUUCACCGAGCAGUCAGAGAUCAACCCACAACAGAAGACGUAGAUCAACGACCCCCGCGGACGGAACAGUCCUCAGAUGGAGGAGAAAAGAAUCCAACAUACCCUUCCAUUCAUCACGCAGUUGACGAUCGAAGUGAACUACACGCGGGUCAUUUGAGAAACUCUCCAGGCGCAGGUGCAAACAAUCCACCAUACCCUCCCAUUCAUCAAGCAGUUAGCGAUCAGCCACCAGACUCCAGAGACCAUGAGCACUCAUCAAAUUCAAGUGAAGCCGAUACUUCCCAGCGCGUACCUAGAGGUCAGAAUAUAACGGAAAACACUGGGCGCCAAAAUACAGGAGCUCAAGUGAUUGACGCAGUUGGGAACAACCCAACAUAUCUCCCUCCUAAAGCAGUGGCAUCUGCGUCCGCGUGUUCUGCUCAGGCUGUUGGAAAUAACUCAGCAUAUCUUCCUCCACAAGCAGAGAGAUAUACGGCCAAAGGUUGUCCUACUAAGUCGGAACAGGUAUCGUCUGAUGCUGGUAGAAGUGAUUCCCCUCGUUGUAAUAGUCGUAAUUCAACCACUUCAAUAGCAAUCGCAGAUCCUUACAGAUUUCUUGAAGAUGAAGAGUUCUACGUUCGAAAGUUACCACUCUUUUCAUUGGUGGAGACUAUGGAAAAAGUGCUACAUUUGGUAGUGUUUUUUCUCCUGUUCAAGCCUGUGAUACUGGAGGAAGGAAGCUUCUGGCAGGUUACAGACUUUCAUUUCGACAAAACAUACCAGUCCCCCACAGAGCCUGGGAAGAUAUGUAAUUCCCAGACCCCAAACAGUGAGACGCCUACCCAUGCUGGCAAAUGGGGUGACUAUCUUUGUGAUUCCCCGUGGAGACUUAUAAACUCAUCAGUAUUUGCAAUGAAAAGCAUCGAGCCAAAUCCGGAUUUCAUCAUUUGGACAGGCGAUGACAUGCCACACGUCCCAAACAGCCAACUGAGUACAAACGAAGUGAUAGAAACGGUGAAGAACUUAACCGACUUGCUCAGCGCUGUCUUUCCAAACACGACGGUUUAUCCGGCCCUCGGAAACCACGACUACCAUCCGAAGCACCUGAUGCCACCCGAACCGAAUUACAUUUACUGGGCAGUUGGUAAUUUAUGGAGCCGAUGGCUUCCUCAGGAUGCGGUGAAUACCUUUAAAAGGGGCGGAUUUUACACAGUUCUCAUUAAGCCUGGCUUGCGUUUAGUCAGUCUGAAUACCGUGUAUUACUAUACAAACGACAAGCUAACAGGGAAUAUCUCUGAUCCUGCCGGCCAAUUUGCGUGGCUAGACGUUGUGCUCACUAAAGCAAGUCGCAUCAACGAGAAGGUGUUUAUUAUAGGUCAUGUUCCGCCCGGUGCUUUUGAGCGAGCUCCAGGAAAGAAGUGGUUUUAUCCCAAAUUCAACAAAGAUUACAUUGCUGCCAUCAUGAAACAUGCUGACGUCAUCACCGGCCAUUUUCUUGCUCAUCAGCACUGCGACAGCUUUAAAAUUAUCUAUGACGGGAAAGGAAUUCCUACAAGUUCCAUUUUUUUGUGCCCUGCGGUAACACCCUGGAAGACAGUACUACCCACUGUUGGCUACAAUAAUCCUGGCAUUCGGCUCUAUAAGUAUGAUAAGAGCACCAUGCACGUUAAGGAUGUUUGGCAGUACUUUACAAACCUAACACUGGCCAAUAUGAUGUCCAAACCGGAGUGGGUACUAGAAUACAAAGCUACUGACGCCUACCGCAUACCAGAUGUGAGCCCAGAGUCCCUUCAUUCACUGGUUAAAACGUUCAAAACUCCGGACAGUUCAAACUUCGAAAAGUAUUAUUUAUACAACUCAGUGAGCGCUGGUGGCGAGCAGUGCGACGAGGAAUGCAAAACAGCACAAAUUUGUGGUAUUACGGAAGUUGAUUUUGAGAAGUAUGAUGCCUGUGUGUCGCCCUCCACAAGUUCAUCCCAUGUGAAGUCUGUAACGCUCUCGGUCUAUGUCGCAAUUAUUGUUGUUUGGGCACUUGCUGUAAUAAUUUCAUAGAAUUAGUUUAUUGCCAUAAAUACGUAACACUUUAAUUCUACUGAUUGUUUAUUUUUAGUGAAGGCGGCAUUCCGAGUAAGCAUCAUUUGCAUGAUUGUUUGUUUCUUGUUGUUGUUUUGCUUUGUUUGUUUGUUUAUUUUCUAUAUUUGAUAUUUUGUUUAUGCAUACUCUUUUCUUUUGCUUUAUUUGAUUUUUUUUGGGUUAACUUUUGGCUUUAGCCUGAUAAACUAUAAGUAACAAUUAUGUUUUACCAAUUGAAAUUUCAUUAAAGUUUCUUCCAACAUUUAAGAUUUACUUUUUUUUUUAGCCUUAAAUUCAAAUGAGCAUAUUAAUCUAGGAUUGCUGUUUGUGUAAUAAAUUGUGUAGAUAUUCUUGUCAUUGUUACUAUCAAACAGGUCCAAAUAAUGAGAUGUGAUAUGAUGUGGUAGCUGCCUCAUAGAGUCGAGAUAACCAAAAAUGCGCCACAUAGUAUAGCAGAUAAUAAUAAUUAUUUACCGAAGUGGAGGUGGAUUUACUGUAAACUAGUUGGAAAUUAGACUCCGGGUGGGGGUGAAAUGUGAGAGUGAAUGGAAUGUGAUCGGUAUUUUCCUUGUGUGCCGUUUGUAGUGCUGACUGUCGAUCAAUUUAACAGGGUAAUUAAAUGAUAUCAACUGUGUUGAAAACGUAAAUUGGCCACCGCAACGAGUUUAAAGGCUUACCCCCUUUAUUCCUUAGUCGAUCAAUUUGUUGGGUGCGAUGGUGGCUCCUUGAAAGACAGAAACAGGAUAGCCACAUAUAUCGAAUAACUGGCAAAUUGCGUCUGAUUUUUCUACUAUCUUUCAAUACUAGCUUGUGUGAGUAGAUUGAUGAUCCCCUAACGAAGUGUGAAUGGAAAAUAAUACCUAUCGUGAAAUGAUUUACUUGCAAUUCUGAAA